UCCUGUGCGGCGCGCCUGCGUAGUGCAGAAGCGCACGUGUUAGAGUCGGAACUUCUAGUCCGCCGUCGAGAUGGCCGAGAUGGAGACGCUGAGCGCUGGGGCUGAGGAUGGCUUCACCCAGGUCACCCGCAAGGGAGGCCGGCGGGCGAAGAAACGACAGGCAGCGCAACUGUCCGCAGCAGAGGAGAGUGGGGACGCGGGCUGCAUGGACACCGAAGAGGCCCGGCCAGCGAAGAGGCCCGUCUUCCCGCCCCUCUCUGGGGACGGACUUGUGGGUGGAAAAGAAGAAACGCGGAAAAUUCCAGUCCCCGCGAACAGAUACACACCAUUAAAAGAAAACUGGAUGAAGAUAUUUACUCCUAUUGUAGAACAUUUGGGACUUCAGAUACGCUUUAAUUUGAAAUCAAGAAAUGUAGAAAUCAGGACUUGUAAAGAAACCAAGGAUGUUAGCGCUCUGACAAAAGCAGCUGAUUUUGUGAAAGCCUUUAUUCUUGGGUUUCAGGUGGAGGAUGCUCUUGCCCUCAUCAGAUUGGAUGACCUCUUCUUAGAGUCUUUUGAAAUUACAGAUGUUAAGCCCCUAAAGGGAGACCACCUAUCAAGGGCAAUAGGAAGAAUUGCUGGCAAAGGAGGAAAAACCAAAUUCACCAUAGAGAAUGUGACGCGGACGCGGAUAGUUUUGGCUGAUGUGAAAGUUCACAUCCUUGGCUCUUUUCAAAACAUCAAGAUGGCAAGAACUGCCAUUUGCAACCUCAUCCUGGGAAAUCCUCCAUCAAAGGUUUAUGGCAAUAUUCGAGCUGUGGCUAGCCGAGCAGCAGAUCGGUUCUGAUUUCAAAUCAGAGACUUUUUAUCUCAUCUUUGGACUCUUAAAGAAAAAGACUUUGUACCCUGAAGGUGAUCACAUGAAACCAUGUGAAUUAUUUUUUAGUCACUUUGAGACUGGAUCCUUUCUUCUGUUCUCAGCAAGAAGUAUAAACAGGAAAGAUUUAAUAGUAUUCACACUGAAUAGCUUUUUGGAUAAUUUAAAUGACAGAAUCUAAUAUUAUUAUUAUACCUACACGUGUUAAGCUUUAUUUUUUUGUUUUUUGGUUUUUCUUUUUAAUGAUGGGAAUUGAACCAAGAGACUCCUCAUGCAUAGUAGACAAACAUUCUUCCACUAAGCUGCAGCCCAACCCUUCUUUACUCUUUUUUUUUUUUUUGAAAUAGGG